CCGUGCUUCGUCGUGGAGAUGAGAACGCAACGAGGAAUGACGUCGCACGAUCCGACAUUCGCGCGUCGACGGUGACACGUUAUAAAGACUGCACGCGGUUCGUUUUACGUACACGUUACCUGUCGCGAUCAUGGAUUCGGUUGCGUUUCGCGGCGAGUAAUCGUGGAUCAUUCUUGUUUGGCGGUACGAGAGGCGUGUUUCCCAGGCUGUGCAACUGUGCGGUGUGCUAUCCCCGUUUCUCCAUCUUCCGCAUUCCUCGCUUCGAUUGGAGUAUCUCUCCGUGCACGAGACUGUGUAUCGACACCGACGGCAUCACGGCGGCCAGAGAAACCCAGUAUCACGGACGCAGUAGACCCGGUUCGAUUGAAGGAGAGCCAAAGGAGCACCAGCAGCUGAAAUCAUCCAAAUUCGGUUACUGACAGGCAGAGGAUGAGUUAAAGCGAAGCACGAAGAAAGAAGAUCAAGGGAGAGGAGGAGGAGGAGAAAAGCAGGACACCACCGAGAGAAAAAGAGAGAGAGAGAGAGAGAGAGAGAGAGAGAGAGAGAGGCACGUCAUCGACGAAUUUUCCUAGAUAUGCAGCUAGCAACGAGAAUGCAACGGUCGAUGACGUGAAUCGACCGACUUUUCGGUCGAUAACAACUGGCUGCCAACUAUUUGGUUAGCGCUGUCGGAGGACUGUCUUGCCAUCGUGGUACCGGACGACCGGUGUCUAAGUGCGUUUCCUCCUUGUGGCUCGCCGAACGAUUAUCUCGCCCGUAACUAACGUAUCUCUCGAUACUCCGCUUGUAAUCCAUCCCGUUGUACUAAAUGUUGUUCGUAUACGGUUGAAAUCGUUUCGUCUUUUCUUUCGGAGUUUCUUCAUCGUCCGCUCGUCGAUCGUCGAAUUUGAAUCCAAGAGAGAAAAGAAGAAAAACGCGUGCGCGCGCGACAGAAAUAGAAAGAGAAAGAAAGAGAGAGAGAGAGAGAGAAAGGGAACAGAAAAACGAGCAAUAACGAGUGGCGGCUGUUUGGAACAACAAGUUUGUCGAAGGUUGUUCCGCGUAAUCAAAAAGUUUCGAGCAGAGUAGGAGGAAUAGAAAACGGCUAGGUCGGUUAGUCUACCUAAACCGACCUAGGGAAUCAAAGUGAACGGUGGAUUGGUUUUCAUUUUUCGAUGGAACGUCGACGGUAAGAACGCUGGACGAUUUUUUUUUUUUCUUUUUCAACGAGAUCGUCGAGAUCGUGCCGCUCGUACGCGAGGCGAAUGAAGUCGAAGCUGCGGACGGUGAACGCGGAACGCAGCGGCAGUACGUACGUCGCCCUUGAGUCAGAGGACAGCCACGUGCACGGUACGCGUCCACGGUUAUCGGUAUCACGAGAAUCACGUCGAUUUCCCCACCAACGACAGCCACAUGACUUGACGAUCGCCCCACCUACCGCUGUUCGUCGUUGAGCGAAAGCGGCGACAGUGGCAGCAACGUCACCGACGAGGAAACGGCCACGAGCACCACGACCACCACGACGACGACGACAACGACAACAACAACAACAAUAACAACAACAACAACAACCAUCGACGACACCGACGACGACGACGACGCGGACGUGGAGGAAAGAAGAAGAAGAAGAAUAACAGAGAGUGUGUAGUCAUCGGCUCGCAAGUGCGGAGGCUACUUAACGAGUGACAUACUCGGUUGGUAGUUCAGUUGGCCGCGGACGGUCACCAGGUGCGAGUUACUCAUCGUCUUAUUUCACCUUUUUUUUCCUCUCUCUCUCUCUCGUAUUCUUCUUCCGUCGUUUCUUGCUGGUCCCUCCCUCUCUCUUUCUUUCUCUGUUUCCCACAUUCGACUAUUAUCCGGUCUAUCAUCACACCUGUCUUUAAACCUGCUUUUUCGCCGCGCGUGCGAUAGAUAGAUAAGUGGGCCGUGGAGUUUAAUGGUGGUGAGUGUGCUGGUGCCGUUGUUUGUUGUCGUUGUUCUUGUUAUCUUCGUUCGGCCUCCUUCGUUGCCGGUAGCAGUGGCGAUUUUAGUGGAUAGUGGAUAAUAGUGUUGAGCGUGAAACUGGAGCCGCUAGCGGUAGCAGUCGCGAUCGAGAGGCAGAGCUAUCAUGUGCCCGCAGAGGAUCUUCGGACUGGCCAUCGUCGUGCUGGUGACCCUUGGUGGACGAGUGGCAUCCUAUACGAAUCAGUGGGCAGUUCACAUCGAAGGAGGGCCGGAAGUCGCUCAGCAGGUCGCGCAGGAACAUGGAUUUCAAUAUCUCGAUAAGUUUUCCCGUUUAGUGGAGAUGUUCCUGUAUGGUGGGCCAGGAAGCCCCAAACCUGUUUACUAAAUCCUGAACGGUCUGACGAGGAUUCGACUCAAUUAGAGAGCCGAGCUCGUCGUUGUCAAUGACCUCUGUUG